CCUGUCACGACGUGUGAGUGCCCCCACGGAUGCUUCAGCUCUGCUUUGUUGCUUGCAGUGCUGGGCAUGGUGGACGCCAUUCAGAGGCAACCAUGGCGAUGCAACACCUCAUUCCUGGAAGCAGCGACAUAGAUGCGCUUCGAAAGGCUUGCAUUGAUUUCUUGCUGCAGGAGAAUUAUCUUCUCACAGCAUUUGAGCUUCUCCAGGAGCUUCAGGAAGAUGGACUUGCGGAUUGCGCCACCAAGUUACAGCUUUUCUUUGCCAAUGCAAAUCUAUUCCCGCCGGAAGAGAUUGUUAAAUUGAACGCACUUCAAGGAAUUGAUGCUGUGCAGCUUGUAAGGGAGAAGGAAUUGGCCCUGGAACAUGCGGCUUUGUGUAAAUACGAACUACGACUAGCACGAGAAGACAUUAAGAAUUUGCACGAGAAAUCAGCAACUCAAUUUGACGUUUCCGCGGAUUUGCUGAAGUCUGAGGAUUGUGUAGGAGUUGUUGAAAGUGACAUGGAAGUACUUUCGGCUAAUUCUGGAAAUGCAGUAGUCUUAGAGCUGCUUGGCGAGAAAGAGAGAUUAGUCCUUGACUGUGCUGUGAAGGAGUACUUAAUGUUCGCUGGUUAUAAAAUUGCUGCCAUGACUUUCCAAGAAGAGGUGAAUAUCGAUUUGGACUCUUGGCCUCACACCGCUGCCCAUGUUCCAGAAGCUCUUCGCCAAUACUAUCGAGCAUUCCUUGCAGCCACUGUUGAAGCAAGGCAGGAUAAGGAUGCUGUUCACAAGGAGAGGGAUGCUCUUCUUAAAGAGAUAGAAUCGCUUUCCAAAGAAAAAGAGGUCCUCAAAGUAGAGAAUAUGUCGAUGGUUAAAUCAGCGGAGAGCUUGAGGAGAGCUUUGAAGGAGAAGGAUAGGCAUGUGCAACAGAUGAAAGAAUCUCUCGAGCAAUCAACCAUACAAUUGAAUGACUGCAGAGCUGAGGUGACCUCACUGAAGUUGGAACUCGAAAACGUGAUUUCUAGCAGGGCACUUCUGGUAAACCAGGAUCAAGUGUCUGUAGCUGCACAGAUGACAUCCUUUGAAGCUACACUAGGAUUGAAAUGUGAAGAAACUGUGGAGAAAGUUGCUGAGAAGAGUACAGAGGAGGCAUGUGUAAUGACAUUAAGCGGAUCGAACCCGAUGGAGGAUAGGUUUGCAGAUCUAUAUGAAAAUUCAAGUGUGGUUGAUAGCAACGGUUUUAGAACACCAGACGAAGGAGACGACAGUGGAGAAAUUACUGAUUUUCUUGAUCUUAACAACCAUGCGGGUUUGAUGGAUUUUCAGGAUGAGCGCACGUCGGAGCUUGGAACUGUACAUAUACUGGCGGAUGCUUUACCUAAAAUUGCUCCUUUUGUCCUGAUCAAUCACCGAGAGGAGCUACUGCCUCUCAUAAGCUGCGCUAUUGAGAAACAUCCGGAUUGUAGUGUGCGAGAUUCUCUCACACAUCUCUUGUUUAAUCUCAUUAAGAAGCCUGAUGAACAGCAACGACGCAUAAUUAUGGAUGCCUGUGUAGAGCUAUCAAGGAAUGUCGGACAAUUACGGACUGAAACCGAAUUAUUACCACAGUGUUGGGAGCAGAUUGACCACAAGUAUGAAGAAAGGAGGCUUCUUGUUGCGCAGUCUUGUGGGGAGCUUGGUCUAAUGGUUGGAUAUGAAAUGCGCGCAUCUCUCAUUUUAUCAAUAAUACAACAGCUAGUGGGGGAUCAGGCACCAAUUGUGCGCAAGGCUGCAGCUCAUAAUUUGGCAGUUUUACUCCCUCGCUUCUCCAACGUCGAUAUUUAUUCCAAGGUGGAGGCUCUUAUGUUAGAUUUGACCUGCGAUCCUGUUGGUCCCGUGGUUGAAACCACUUUGGAAGAGGUUGUUCCUGGCUUGAUUUUAUGGCUCAAGCGGGAAAAGUAUUCUUUAACUCAUCUGUGUCGUGGAGUUCUCGCUCGGCUUCUGACGACUACCCAGAGAUGUCCGCGCAUUUCAGAAACUGAAGGCACUUUGGAGGCGCAACUCCGAGAUCUUGACGACAGGAGACGAAGCAACACUGAUGUGUUGUUGCGGUUGCUCAUGCAAUUGAUUCCCGAGGUUCAAGAAGCUGCUGUUAAUUCGUGUCCGUUCUCAAGUGAAACAAUUAGUACUGAUUUGAACGCCUGCUUCUUUACAGAAGAUAUUAUAACACUAUACAUCAGAUCAAGUAUGGAGUGGCCUGCUUUGGACUGGCUGCUUCAGGAUUGUUUCCCAACCUUGCUUCAGCUUUCCCAUAUGUUAUCUUGUCAAGAGGAAAGUCUUCGGACACAAAUUUGCAAGGUCCUUCACAGGAUUUGUGAGUGCUUUGGCAGCAGCUACGUCAAGAUUGUUAUGUUGCGAAUCUUUCUUUUGGCUGCUGGUGAUUAUGUUGAGUGCUCACAAUUUUCAAAGCAGUUGGCAGAUCACAUUAAAGAGCUGAAACCACGGACAGUGGUGGAGGAACAGUUGGCAAUUAUGUGUGUUCUACCGCUUCUUCUAGUCGGUGUAUUAGGGGCUCCUGAGAUGGAAAAUGGACAGCUAGCUCUCUACCUUCGAGAGUUGAUUCUGAAGUCAACUAUGAAGAUCGGUGCUUGGAAUUCUAUACGAACUCCAGAAUACAUUAGUUCGGUUCGCUUUCUUUGCAUGUUUGAUCAACACCUUGCACUUAUCGUGGGGGUAUUAUGGGAGCUUAUUGUGAGCCCAAAUGCUGAUGUCAAAGUCAGUGCGGCUGUACUAUCCAAACUGCUGGUUGGAAAAGUCACCUUGAAGUCGGCAACACAACAAAUUAUUCCAGCAUUGGUGACACUCGGUACAGAUCCGAACGUGGAUGUCAAGAUUGCUACCAUUGAUGCACUUGGUGCCGUAUCUCAGCGUUUCAGGGAAGAAGAGGUAGUGGACAAAGUAAAAAUGCAACUGGAUGCUUUCCUAGAGGAUGGUUCGCAUGUGGUCACCAAUGCAGUGAUUCACGCCGUAUCUGCCGCGAUUUCAGUCAAGUCAUCCAGCUUGCAAGAUUAUUUGUUGAGUAAACUGGUGCAACUGUCUGAAGUGCCAUUGCUAAACGCUAAGUUGACGUACCGGGAAGAGAGGGUGGACGUCAUCUGCGAAGCAUUCAGGGCUUUACACGUAACUGAUUUAGCACCCGAAAGUGUGAACAAGCUUCUGUUGCCGACCAUACAGCGUGUGCUGAAAAACUUCGAUACUCUUGGUCCAGCACAAAGAGAAACUUUGGAACUCAUUAUGAAAGACUGUGGAUGCGUACAAGUUCCCAGUAAAGCAGUAAGUAUCUCAAUGGGUAAUCUUUUCGGAGAAGGUGGUUUUUUGAAAGAUCCAAACUAUAUAAAUGGCUCGGCAAAGUUGCUUGUUAGUGAAAGUCCUCAAGAGGACAGCGGUCUGAAACGGAUGAUGCGAAUGAGCUGGGGCAGGUAAUAUUAGUUAAUAUAGAUACCUCCAGCACCUCCUUAUAGGUUUUGAAAACAGGUAAAGCCAUCAGUUCCAGUAUAUUUGAUAGGCAUUUUUAUUUUCCCAUGAAAAUCUUCAUGCGGAUAAGCUCAUGCAUUAGGCUGGGUAUAGUUGGUCGCAGCUCAUAUUAUUCUCUGUCGCUUGCAAAAUAACCCUUCUAUCUAGGUGAACAAUUUUUUCUGUGUAGUUAUGGUAAAUUGUAUUAAUAAAAAUGUUCUCGCCAAUACGUCGCCUGGAA